GCGCUGCGAACGUGGGAUGGGCCGGAGCGAUUGGCGCCCUUUCAUCUACGGGGGCGUGUCUGCCUGUAUUGCUGAGUUCGGGACAUUUCCCAUUGAUACAACCAAGACACGGCUGCAGAUCCAAGGUGGACGCUGUGAUGCUGGGGGGGUGAUCACCAAGCGCUACCGUGGGAUGCUUCAUGCACUCCUUAAAAUAUCUCAUGAAGAGGGAAUCAGGGCACUUUAUUUUGGAAUAGCACCGGCUGUACUUCGUCAAGCUACAUAUGGAACUAUCAAGUUUGGUCUUUAUUACUCACUCAAGCAGAUGCUGGUGACUAAUCCUGAUGAAGAAAGAUUAGGCAUUAAUGUGUUCUGUGCAGUCACUGCAGGGGUUGUGGCAAGUGCAAUGGCCAACCCUACAGAUGUACUCAAGGUGCGACUACAGAGUGGACGCACAGAAUUUAAGGAGAAGAGUCUUCUGCAAGCAUUUCUCAGUAUUUAUAACCAGGAAGGUGUGCAGGGUCUAUGGAGGGGAGUGUGUCCGACUGCUCAGAGAGCGGGUGUAAUUGUGGGUGUGGAGCUGCCAAUUUAUGAUAUGUGCAAACACUAUUUUAUACAGAUUAACUUGCUGCCAGACAAUGCUACCAACCACUUCCUGUCAAGCUUCAUAUCAAGCCUUGGAGGUGCAGUUGCCUCUACUCCUCUUGAUGUUGUCAGGACAAGAGUGAUGAAUCAAAAAAAAUUAAAGGCUCCAGCACAAGUUAGUGGUAAUGGAGCUGUCUGUACUUCCAGGAUUUAUUCAAGUACUGUAGACUGUUUAGUACAGACUGUAAAAUCCGAAGGACCCUUAGCACUUUAUAAGGGCUUCAUACCAACGUGGCUCAGACUUGGGCCAUGGAAUAUCAUCUUCUUUGUCACUUUUGAGCAGCUAAAGAAGUUCUAUUAAUGUAAAUUACAUUCAUCAUCUGAAAUCAUCAUCAUGCUUCUGCUGAAGCAGAAGCUCCUGUAGCUUCAGAAGACAACCUUCAGUAUCAAGAUCUGUCAGGCCUUUUGGCAUUACUUUAAACUACUGCUGUGCAGCUUUAAGUGGACUCAGCAUAAUUUUCCUGCCCUUUUUAAAUCAUAGAUUUUGGGGUGCAUGGGGCUUUCCUUUAUUUCUUGUUUAAAGAUUUGAAUAUUAUUGCACUACAGAAAAAUCUAGUACUACAGAGAGAUGAAAAAUUAACGAUUUAAGAUCAGAUAUUCAGACAGGAAAGUCCUUUGCUCCAUACAUUUAUUUAUUCUUGUACAGCCUCAGAAAUGGUUGCCUAUAGCAUUUUUUUUUUUACUAUAGGAAAAAACCAUUCUGAGGGGAUCUCAUGGUAUUCAUGAAUAAUCUCCUACUUCACUUCCAUUUGUACAUGAUGCAUUGUGUCAUUGUCACUUGUUUAAUGUAAACACCAAGGGGAUGUAAUGUCAAGUCAUUGGCAGUUUGUUCAUCAUUCCAGGUGUAAAGUUCUCAAUGUUUUUAUAUACAUUGCGAUAAAGUUAUGUAGUAUACAUUUAAGAAAAUAAAAAUCACUUAAGGUGAAAUGUAUUUUUCAAUUACAAAUACUGUACUGUACUGUAUAUGGAUAUUUGAUAUAUUACUGUUGCUCUUUGAUUAAUGGCAAUGCCAUUUUGAAACCAAAGAUCCUUGGAGACUUUUGAUAUAGUGGCAGUUAUAGUGUGUAAACUGCAGUUCUGAUUUUUUUUUUUUUUUUUUUUUUUUUUUAAAGAUUGUGAGCAUUAACUCUACUUAUAAUCCACAUUGUCAUUUUAAUGGCAUUUAAUAAUUCUGUAAAUGUGCUUUAUUUUUUAUUUAAACUGAAUUAUACAUCUUUACCUCUUACAAAAAAAAAAAAAAAAUUGUAGACAGCAGUGUAGCUCACUCUUUAACUCUCCAUUAAUUUAUUGCAGUUGACAUCAUUUAUUGUGAUGGUGAAAUUAUCUAUUUUUGUAGGUUGUGGACAAACUUGGCUGCCGAGCUACGAGGCAGUGAUUUAUACAGUGGACCCCCGGUUAACGAUAUUUUUUCACUCCAGAAGUAUGUUCAGGUGCCAGUACUGACCGAAUUUGUUCCCAUAAGGAAUAUUGUGAAGUAGAUUAGUCCAUUUCAGACCCCCAAACAUACACGUACAAACGCACUUACAUAAAUACACUUACAUAAUUGGUCGCAUUCGGAGGCGAUUGUUAUGCGGGGGUCCACUGCAAUUGUAUUCAACUUUAGUUUUUAUCUAUGACAAGAUCUGUUCGUAUUGUUUCAAAAUAAACCCCCAAUCCAUUUGGGUUAUGCAGCACAAGAUCUGUUAUAAAUUUUUUUUUUUGAAAUGUGAAUGUAAACAGUUUGCUAUAACUGUGCUGUUUUAUAAUGCGACUUACUUUGUAUUUAGUUUUUCCAUGUUCAAUUUUUUUUUGAGGGGGGAUGGCAAGUGAAGAAAGGGUAAAUGAUAUUGAAUUAAUUCUUCAAAAUAAAAGUUACAACAGUAAAA